AUGGCCGUGGGAGACGCAGAACAGCAAAAGUUUGAAGAGGAGGUGAAGGAGUUGAAGCAAUGGUGGCAGAGCCCGAGAUGGCGAUACACCCGUCGACCAUUCACCGCGGAGCAGAUCGUCUCCAAGCGCGGUACCAUCAAGAUCCAGUACCCAAGCAAUGACCUGUCGAAGAAGCUGUGGAACUUGGUAGAGGAGCGUUUCCAGAGCAAGACUGCGAGCGCGACCUACGGAUGUCUUGACCCUGUCAUGGUCACCCAGAUGGCCAAGUACCUCGAUACCGUCUACGUAUCUGGCUGGCAAUCUUCGAGCACGGCAUCCAGCUCAGAUGAGCCAGGUCCAGAUCUCGCAGAUUACCCAUACACCACCGUGCCAAACAAGGUCAACCACCUCUUCAUGGCCCAGCUUUUCCAUGACCGCAAGCAACGUGAGGAACGCCUCAGCGCGUCCCCCAGCGAGCGUUCGAAGCUCGCCAACACCGACUUCCUCCGCCCCAUCAUUGCCGAUGCAGACACUGGUCACGGUGGUCUGACUGCCGUGAUGAAGCUUACCAAGCUCUUCGUCGAGAAGGGAGCAGCUGGUAUCCACAUUGAGGACCAAAUGCCCGGAACGAAGAAGUGCGGACACAUGGCCGGCAAGGUCCUCGUCCCAGUCGGCGAACACAUCAACCGUCUGGUGGCCAUCCGCGCACAAGCAGACAUCAUGGGUGUGGAUCUUCUCGCCGUCGCGAGAACCGAUUCCGAAGCCGCCACCCUCAUCACCAGCACCAUCGACCCCCGCGACCACAGCUACAUCCAGGGAACCACGAACCCAGCUCUCCAGCCUCUCAACGACCUCAUGCUCGCAGCCGAGAAAGCCGGCAAAUUCGGCGCGGACCUGCAAGCCGUCGAGGACGCAUGGAACGCCCAAGCCGGUCUGAAGCUCUUCCACGAGGCUGUAGCCGACACCAUCAACGCAGGCGUGCACGUCAACAAGCAGGGCCUGAUCGAGGAAUUCAACAAUCAAUCCAAGGGCAAGUCUCUCUCCGAGAUGAAAUCCAUCGCCAAGGGCCUGACUGGUGUGGAUGUCUACUUUGACUGGGAAUCGCCACGAACCCGUGAGGGCUACUAUCGCUACCAGGGCGGCUGCCAGUGCGCCGUGAUGCGCGCUGUGGCGUACGCCCCAUACGCUGAUAUGAUCUGGAUGGAGAGCAAGCUGCCCGAUUUCGCGCAGGCGAAGGAGUUUGCUGAUGGUGUGCACGCUGUGUGGCCUGAGCAGAAGUUGGCCUACAACCUCUCCCCCUCCUUCAACUGGAAAUCCGCCAUGCAACCCGCCGACCAAGAAACCUACAUCAAGCGCCUCGCGACGCUGGGCUACUGCUGGCAAUUCAUCACGCUCGCGGGUCUGCACAGCACGGCCCUGAUCUCCAACUCCUUCGCCAAGGAGUACGCGAAGCGCGGCAUGCGCGCGUACGGCGAGAUCGUGCAGGAGCCGGAGAUGGAGCAGGGCGUCGAGGUCGUGACGCACCAGAAGUGGAGCGGGGCGAAUUAUGUCGAUGGGUUGUUGCAGAUGGUGCAGGGUGGGAUUUCGAGUACGAGUGCUAUGGGGAAGGGGGUCACGGAGGAUCAGUUUCAUUAG